UGUUUGAUCCCCUUUUGUAAAAUAUUAUUGCUGUUUUUCACAGGCCAGCAAAAAUUGAUAGAUGGGAGAGAUUCGUUCACCAUACUUUUCUAUUGAUCAAGAACACCUCAAAGAUAAUGCUGAAAUUCGUUCACCAUAUUUUUCAAGUGGUGGAGACUACCUUGGAGUUAAUGCUGAAAUUCGUUCACCGUAUUUUUCAUUUGAUACUCAAGAUUACCAUGGAGAUAAUGCCGGAAUUCAUUCCUCGUAUUUUUCAGCUGCAGACUACCACGGAGAAGAUGCUGAAAUUCCUUCUGGAACAUUCUUUCACCAAGAUAAUAUUGUUGAGAAUCCAUACAAUGCAGAAAAUUUUGUUGAGCAGGAUAUUGUUCAGAACAUAUACAACACAGAAAAGCUCAUUCAACGGGUAAAAGCUGAAGAACUGUACUUGGAUCUUGAAGCUGAAGCUGUACAUAAAAUCGAGAAAAAUCAAAAUGAUGGGAAUUUUAUCUACAGAGUUCCUGAUGCGCUUCGCAAAUCAAAUGAAGCCAUCUAUACUCCUCAAGAAGUUUCUAUAGGCCCUAUUCACCAUGGCAAGGAGAUUUCGCAGGGCAUGAAAACGCAAAAGGUAAGAUACUUGCAAGCAUUCUGUAACAGGGUGGUAGGGAAAGAAAAGGAGCAACAAAUGAAGUUCCUGGAGAAAAUUUGGUACACCAUUAAAGAGGAUGAACAGAAGAUCCGCCGAUGUUAUGAAGAUGGUGCUAAUGAAUAUGCAGAAAAUGAUCAGUUUGUGAAAAUAGUGUUGUUCGAUGCUGUUUUCAUCUUGGAGUACUUGUUGAGGAGUAAAGAUAUAGAAAAAUAUAGAGAUGAUUCCAUAUUGUGUAGAGUCGGGUCAAGGAUUCGGAUUCGACGAGACUUCUUGUUGCUCGAGAAUCAGUUGCCAUUCUUCAUUCUUGAGAAAUUAUAUGACCAUCUUCUUGAAGACGGCGAGGGAAAUUAUACUUCUUUUCGAGAUCUUGCCUACGAGUACUUGAAUAGGUACAAUAUUGAGAGUACAGACAAGACAAGCGACAACAAGCAGAUAUUACAUUUCACCGAUUUGGUCAGAUCUUCAUUAUCCGUCAAACACCCAGAAAUGAAGACUGACGACCCGAUUGGAAAAUUUUAUAGCGCAACCAAGCUGCAUGAGGCAGCGAUUAAUUUUAAGGAAUUACGAAAUGAAUGCUUACUUGACGUAAGAUUUUCUUCCACAAAAGGCGAGUUACGUAUACCACGUCUUCGGAUAGACAUCAAUGUUAGUUUGGUUGCUAUUAACAUGCAACAACCAUUGACUAUUGUACCAAUCAUGUACACUCAUCCAAGAUGUUAA